UGAACUGAGUGCCAAAUUGACUUUUGAAUUGUGCGAACGCGAAGUUCAACUAUCAAUCAGUAUUCAGUAUUAUUCUUCUGGUAUUGUUGUCGAAUAUAGUUUUUACAGAAAAAUGUAUACCGGUGUUACAAUUUUUCAUAUUAUAGCAUAUUGAGGGUUGAUAACAUUUUUUGAUCAAUUUUAUUUCUUUAAUAGUUGGUUUUUUUUAGAAGAUCCCAAAAGGCGUAAAUUAAAAAUACCGAAAAAAAUGACGGAUAAACAAAUACCUCAAAAACCAGAAAUUGCAACUCAAAAUUGGGUGUUUUCUGUCGCCUUAUCCGAUUUGUCACCCAAAGAAAAAUUGUUCAUUACUGGAAGUACCCCUGAGCUUGGUGAAUGGGACUACAGAAAAAUGAUUCCCUUAGAACAUAAUGAAAAUGAAAAUGUGUGGACUAAAACCAUAGAAAUACCUAAUUAUUGUGAUGUAUACUACAGAUAUGUUGUUUGUGCUGUAAAUGAAGAAUGCAAUGAUACAAGGAUAUGCCGUUGGGAAUGUGGAAUUGAACCAAGAGUUAUCAAAGAAAGUAUGUUGCACCCUGUUAUUGAUCACUUUGGUGAAUAUGGUGGUAAUGAAAUGUUAAUAAGAGGCUGGCUCACAUCUCAGUCUCUAGUACAAUUUAAAUUUAUUGAUAACCCCUUAAAACUUAAGAGCCGUCUUGCUGGAAGGCUUAUGCACAUCAAAGUUACACCUGUUAAGUUAAGUUUUGGUACUGAGCCCCAUAUUGAAGAGUCUUCACUAAGUACCGAUACAAUGGAUGUAGAAACACCAGCAGGAGUCUAUGUAGAAGUUGCCACUUUAGAUAAUGAUCCUAGCCUUUGCUCUUUGCAACCACAGGAACAAUUUGGGAGAGAAUAUAGACCUAAUGAUACAUUAUUAGUUAAUGUAUUUGCUCCAAAUCCAAAAAAUAUUGCAUUCCUUAUUGACUUUUAUUCAUAUAGUACUAGAGCAUCAAGUGAAGAUCCUCCUUGUCACAUAGGAUACACUUAUGUUCUUCCCAAUAUGUUUAAGCCUUCUGAAGGUCUCUUAGAAUUGCCAGUCACAUGUAAUAUUAAGCAUCGUCCCCUUGGAACAAUUAAUUUUGAAUACCUCAUAAUUUGCCCUAUGGAAGAAAAUCUGUCUAACUUUAAAGUUACAUAUGCUAAGCAUUGGGAUCCCAAUUGGACGGGUUUAGAAGUUGGACACCGAGGCUUGGGAGCUAGUUUUAAAACAAAAGAGGGAAACUCAAUUCGCGAAAAUACAAUAGCUUCUCUUAAAAAGGCAGCUGCCAGUGGGGCAGAUAUGCUGGAAUUUGAUGUGCAACUUAGUAAAGACAUGAUACCUGUUAUAUAUCAUGACUUCCAUGUGUGUAUUUCUAUGAAAAGAAAACGGGAAGUUGAUUUCUCUGAAAUGCUAGAGUUGCCUGUGAAAGACUUGACCUUGGAGCAUCUGCAGAAACUAAAGGUGUACCACUUGGUAGAGGGUCGAAAUCAUGAAAUUUUGUUUUAUGAUGAAGAUUUAGAAGAGCAUCAACCAUUUCCAACUCUUAAGGACACCCUCGAGGCCUUGGAUGAACAUGUAGGGUUCAAUAUUGAACUCAAAUGGACAAUGGAGCUCAAGGAUGGCACAUUUGAAUUGAAUAAUCCAUUUGAUAUGAACACAUAUGUGGAUAAGGUGCUGGAGGUAGUUCUGAAGUAUGCACGAAGCCGACGAAUCGUAUUUUCCUGUUUCAACCCCGAUAUUUGUACAAUGGUGCGGUAUAAACAAAACAAAUAUCCCGUUAUGUUCCUCACUGUCGGUGUGUCUGAAAAGUAUCCCCCCUACCGUGAUCCCAGGUGUCUGUCCAUCCCUGCAGCCGUUCAAAACGCUAUCAGUUCCGAUAUUCUCGGUAUCGUAGUUCACACGGAAGAUCUACUUCGAGACCCAACGCAAGUAAAACUGGCGACUGAUGCAGGGCUGGUGAUCUUUUGUUGGGGCGAUGACAAUAAUGACAAGAACACCAUUAAGAAACUUAAAGAGAUGGGACUACACGCUGUCAUCUACGAUAAACUCGAUCAGUACACAACGAAGGAAGUUAAGGUGCAUGAAAUAUAUAAUUUUGUUCACAGCUUUUGCUAUAUUUUAUCGUAG